AUGCCAAAAAUUAUAAUUUCAGCCUCUUGCUUGGACGAUCGGUCCCUAUGCGAUCCACAUGCCGAAUGUGUACCGGGUGAAGGAGGGCAUUACGUUUGCAAUUGUCACUAUGGCUAUCACGGAGAUGGACGAACCUGCACUCGUAAGAUCAAAUCAUCGAUUGAUUACGGUACCCACAGUACUAUUAUAGUAGCCCAAACUGCUAUUUUAGCUGACACCCAAGCCCGUGAAGAGACCAUAUUAGUCUCACGAGGAAUGGCCAUAUUCUCACGUGGAGUAAAUCCGGAAAUUCCUGGAAAACAACUAAUCGUGAUCCCACAUCAUAUUGCUGUUGGCUUGGAUUAUGACUGUAAAGAGGAUCGCCUAAUUUGGAGCGAUAUUUCUGGUCAUGCGAUUCGAUCCGCUUCUCUGAAUGGGACAGAACAUAAAUCGUAUUACUCGGAUGUACUUAGUAGUCCAGAAGGAAUCGCUGUGGAUUGGUCUUCAAGAAAUGUCUACUAUGCUGAUUCUUUGAAUGACGAGAUAGGAGUAGCAUCUCUAGAUGGAAAAUAUCAAAAAGCUCUCCUUACAGAAGGAUUAGUCAAUCCGAGAGCACUAGCUUUAGACUUGCAAAAUAGGCACCUGUUCUACACCGAUUGGCAUCGCGAGAAUCCUCUAAUUGGAAGAAUGGACAUGGAUGGAAAGAAUAAUAGGAUAUUCUUGAAUGAUGAUGUACAUCUUCCUAAUGGGAUCACAGUUCUCCCUAACAGACGAGAACUUUGUUGGGUUGAUGCAGGGAAUCAUAGUAACCGCGUUCAUUCGGUCGGAAUCUAUGGCGAAGGCUACGCAUCAUUCCCAAUUUCACUAGGAGGGUCAGGCAAAGUGUACGGGAUACUGAGUGUCCCAAAACAAUGCAUAGGACUGCUAGCAAACUAG